UGCUGCGCAUCUCCUCUUGAAUUUCUCAGAGCCCGAGAGGCUCCUCCCUGUCACAAAUCAAGAUGUGAUAACAUUUAAGAAUAGGACACCGAGAGCUUGACAACAGAUUUCAGCGGGGGAGCUCUAAUGAUCAAAGAUGAACCUGGAUGAGGACAGUGGCCUGUCAGUCAGCUGCGGCAACGGCAAACUGAGACAGUGGCUGAUUGAUCAGAUUGACAGCAGGAGAUAUCCCGGCCUGGUUUGGGAAAAUGAUGAAAAAUCCAUCUUUAGGAUUCCGUGGAAACAUGCAGGAAAACAAGACUAUAACAGAGACGAGGAUGCUGCGCUCUUCAAGGCAUGGGCAUUGUUUAAGGGAAAAUAUAAGGAAGGAGUCGACAAGCCAGAUCCCCCCACAUGGAAAACCAGACUACGCUGUGCUCUUAAUAAAAGCAACGACUUUGAUGAGUUAGUGGAAAGAAGCCAACUGGAUAUCUCAGAGCCCUAUAAAGUCUACAGAAUCAUUCCAGAGGAAGCUAAAAAAGGAAUGAAGAUGAGCGCUAUAGAGGAAUCACCAUCACAUGUAAAUGCCCUUGGCUAUAUUCCUCCAUAUACGUCUCUGCACACCCAGGUACCUAGCUAUAUGGCUUCUCAGGAGAGAAGGGACUGGAGAGAAUACUCACCAAUAGAACAACAGCCUCUUCCUCCUCCACAUCACCAUGGGCCACAUGCAGAGGUGCAGUAUGGUCAGUGCCACUACGCGUCACCGUUCAGCCGAGCUUGGCCUGGGUCCCACGCAGAAAAUGGUUUUCAGCUCUCCUUCCACACCUACUUGUCAGAGUCCCAACCGCCUGUGUAUACAAUGGACCACAACAAUGCCAUAACAGAUUUCAGCCUGCAUGUGUCCUUAUACUACAGAGAGUCUUUGGUGAAGGAGGUUACCACCUCCAGCCCAGAAGGUUGUCAGAUCACCUCUUCUUCCACCUCCUCUCCAUCCUCUUCCUCCUCUUCUUCACCAUGCUCAGAGGACAAGUUUCACAGCGGGGCAGAAGUCAUCCUUUUUCCAUUCCCCUACCCUGAGUCUCACAGGCAGGGUGCUGAGAUGCUUCCUAAUGUACUGGAGAGGGGGGUGCUUCUGUGGAUGACGCCUGAUGGGUUAUAUGCUAAGCGCCUCUGCCAGGGACGAGUGUACUGGGAAGGACCUCUGGCUCCAUAUAUGGAUAAACCCAACAAGCUGGAGAAGGAGCAGCCAUGCAAACUGUUUGACACCCAGCAAUUCCUUAUUGAGCUUCAAGAUUUUGCCCAUAAUGGCCGACAUUUACCGAGACACCAGGUGGUGCUAUGCUUUGGAGACGAGUACCCCGACCCACAAAGGGCGAGGAAGAUGAUCACAGCACAGGUGGAGCCAGUGUUUGCCAGAAAACUGGUGUACUAUUACCAGCAGAACAAUGGCCACUACCUGCGGGCUUAUGAUCACAUCCAGGAACAGAACACAUCUCCAACAACCGACUAUCCUUCCCAGAGACCUCUACAGCAUAUUCAGGAGUGAGAAGCAUGCACAAACACACAGACACAUACGCACAGGAGGGCAUUGAUGUGAAUGUAAACCACUGCCCGUUUACCAUGCCUUGUGACUGCAGUGCUGUGUACUGUAAAUGGUAGAGGCCGUCAUGGUACUGAGGGGUAGAGAUGGGGAAGACCCUGUUGUUUUCACUUGCACACCUAUGUGUCGUAGUCUUUGUGUCUUUUCUCUACAAGUAUUAUUGUGACAGUGUGAAGGAUGCGGUUUGAGGGUGGGGGGAUGAGGGAAGCUGAGGGCGACUGAGACAGGAAGUACUAGCACAGGUGCACAGGAAGAAUGGCCCCUAUAACAAACACUGAUAUGUCAAAGGGAUAGAACCGAGUAUGAAUGAACACUUAUUGCAUUUUCACAGGUAACUAUUGACAAUGUGAUUGUUGCACUCAUACUCUGAAGUGGCCCUCAACACAAUCACAGACACAGCCUUAAUCUUCUUCUGUGAUUCAGGACUUUUAUUACUAAUAUUUGAUUCACAAAAUAAAAACAUUCACUUAGAUGAGCAAGUGAACAGUCAACUAUAUCAUUGCUUAGACCCCAGUUCUCACCAGGUGUCAAUGCAAAAAAAAGUAAGAGAAAUUGAUGUCACUGAUAUCACUGGUCUGGACGCACUUACGAAAAUCUAUUGCUACUGAAUCUGGUCAGCUUUUAAACAUAUCUGAUUCCUUUUAAUUAUGUCAAACUGAUGAAACAAAAAUCACAAAAACCAGUUUUUAGGUGGUAAUCAAGAUAAUAAACUAUUUUGCUUGAGAUGGAUGGAGCCCAUACGUCCACUUUGUAUACCUGCCAUUUACUGUGCUGUAUUAUAUCUCUGAGCUAACAGUUAUUGACAAGUUAAAAGUGAAUUUUGAUAGUAAUUUCAAACCAUUCAGGUUUUGUUAACAUAUAUAUAGUGGUUGUUAGCAUUAGAAAGCAAGCCUGUAUAUUAAGUUACAAGUGCAGAAGGUUUUCAAACAUUUAUUUUUUAUAUACAGAAAAGGGCAAAGCACAGAAUUGCCUACAGCAGGUCACGAGAUAAUCUAAGAAGACACCAGAUGAUUAGAGAUAGUAAUUUUUUUUUGCUGCAUAAAAUCAUGUUUAUUCAUUUUCUCUAAUCAUUCCUUUUUUCUUGCUUUGUCUUGUGAAAUACUGUAUAGUUUUACUUUUUCAGAUCUCUAACAAUCAUUCAAAUGAAACUGAUUUGAAAACCCAUUUUCGAUUGAACUUGUCACAACUUAUGGACAUAAAACUUGUGAUGAGGGUUCGCAAGUAGACAUGACUUCCCAUUAAGUGCUCACAAGCAAAAAAGGUUUGGGGACCAGAGGCCCACAACACUUUAUCAAAGAGCGGCCUUAAGGUCUGUGGAACCAGAAUGAGUGGCCUUGAGCUGACUGGACUGAAGGAGGUUGACUGGAAAAAUCACACUCAUCCCGUAACUUGCAAGGACCUGUUCCUCUUGACCUGAAACUAGCGGCCUCACAAAUGGGAAGAAAAACUACCUCUGUGGUCUGCGUGCAAGUUCAGGCACGGAGGUGCUCCAUGGUUCCCAUGCCUGAGAUGCUGUAGAGGUUCACACACCGGAUGUAACAUCCACACAAAAGCUAUCCUAAGAUCCUAACAACGAACUGGAAUGUAUAUAUCAUGAAUGUGUAUUUGUCACAAGACAUAAAAAUCCAACAGUGAGAAUAAUGGAAUUCCUCAUGCUGUUUAAGUCCUAACGGCUGAUGCUGCAGUAGAAGGGGAUAAAGGUUUUGUUAUGUUUUUCUUCUGUGGUCCAGAGUUUCGAUCUCUGCAUUUACUUCCUUCACACUUAAACCACAUCACUUUCACUAUGGCUUCAAAAGUCUGACCAAAAUCAGAGGCAGGAAUGUUUUUCUUUUUUCUCUUUUUUUGGGUGUGUGUGAACCAUAAAUCCUUUUCCCACCUUAAACAUCUGGUCAGUCCCCCUGAUUCUGUGCUGGGGGAAAUUUAGUUUUACAUUACAUUACAGUCAGCCAUUUGACUCAUUCAUAAUCAAACCCUAAUAGUGAAAACGUUACCAGCUCCAUGUACAGUGUGCUGUUGUAGUAAACACUGUGUAUGCAUUUGUGUGUGUGUGUGUGUGUGUAGUAAAGGACCACGUGUGUUCAUGUGUGUAGGUGGGUACAUGUGUAUCUCACAGUUGCACUAUUACUGUUAUCAGGAAUUGACAUUUAUGGACGCAGGAUAAAACAUGUGACUCCCCCACCUACAACAUCAGUGACUCAAACACAGACACGCACAGCCUUUUCAAAUCACACAUUACUGUUACAGUAAAACACUGAGAGCAAGCACAGAGGAAAUCUCAAAAUAAGUGUACAUACUGAAAAAAAAAAGUCUAGCAUUUUGUUCAAUAUAUCUGAAUAAUGACAAGGACUGGAGAUUAUAAGGAGCUUGAUUAAUAUAAAAUUGCCAUAUGGAUAAAUGAUUUAUUUUGAAAUAAAGUUAUCAAUCUUUUA